UGCUCACCCUCCCUCCCCCCCGACUCCUCAAGCAGCCACAAAUAUUUACCGUAUUCGAGAAAUGCAGAGCGGCGAUCGAAAAAUCGAAAUACCGAAAAAGUGUAUACACAAAGUGCAGUGGAGGGAAGAGCAGAGCAGAGCAGAGCAGACAAAUGGCGACGCAUUUAAAGAGUUAUGGAUGAAAUGUGCUGCAGUGUGUGUGUGUCAUUGCCAAAGCAACAACGUUAACGUUUAAAUAAAUAAUUGUGAAAGAAAAGCAGAGAACGAGAGGAAAAUAUAACUGAAUAUUUAACCAAAAAAGCAACAAAUACAAAAUACAAAAACGAAUCAACAGCAAUAACAACACCAUAGAGGAGGAGUGAAGUAGAAGAAGAAGAAGAAGCAGUAAACCGUUCACUUUGUGUAUCUCUGUGCGUCCCUGUCUCUCUUACUGUUCGUCUGCCUGCAGUGCCUCUAUGUGUAGUUGUGUAUGUGUGCAUAUUCUGUCGCAGCAGAAUCAAUAAAAAAGUAAAAAGUAUACAAAUUCAAAACGCAAAUGUGCAAAAUACCAGAGAGACAGUAGUAAUCCAUUACAAAAUAAAACACACAUUUGAGAAAAUGAGGUGCUGCUGCCGUGGAAACAAGAAAAGCCAAGAACUAUGACGCAUCAAAACCAUCAGACAAACGGCGCUAGUUUGGAGGAUUGCCAUACAAACUUUUAUGCCCUGACUGAUUUAUGUGGAAUAAAAUGGCGGAAGUUCGUCAAUGGGGAACGGCCGAAUGCGUCGAGCGAUCCGUUGGCCGAUCCCAUACUGCGCUCCUACUCGCGAUGCAUCCAGGCGGACAUGCUCUGUGUGUGGCGCCGGGUGCAGUCCCACAAGCCGGACAACACCGAUCCGAAUGCCUUAACCUUUGAGAUUACCACAUCGACCAAGGUCCACCCGCCCCUAUCGCUGGCCGCCGCUAAGGAGCUGUGGAUAUUCUGGUACGGGGAGGAGCCCGAUCUCAGUGACCUGGUCGACGCCGAAUUGCUGAGAGUAGCGGCCAAUCAAGCGCUUUGGAAUGGCACCUGGAAGGGCGCGCUCACGUACGAGUGCCGCUCGCUGCUCUUCAAGGCGCUGCACAAUCUGAUGGAAAGAUUCGUGCUCACCAAGGACAUUGUGCGCUUCGGCAAAUGGUUCGUGCAGCCCUGCACGUCGAGCGAUCGUCUCUUUGGACGCAGCUCCCAGCAUCUGUCCUUCUCCUUCACGUUCUUCGUGCACGGCGACACGGUGUGCGCCUCCAUCGACCUGCGCGAGCACCCCGCCGUGCGGCCCCUGACCAAGGAGCAUCUGGCCGAGGCGGCAGCAGCGUUUGCCGCAGCCAGCUCCAGCGGCCAGUCGGGCCUGGGAUCGGGAUCGGGAUCGGGAGCAGGAGCAGGAUCCAGCUCGGGAGCGGUACCGGGCCAGAGCCAGACACCGGAUUCGAACGGAACCAGCGGAACGGAACCAAAUGAGGGGGCCGAGGCGAAGGCCGUGCCGCCAGCGCAUGCGCGCAAGGUAAUGCUGGCCCCCUUCGGCAUUGCGGCCAUCCUCACGGGCAAUAGCUACAGGGCCAACGACCCCGUGGCCGAGAAGAUCCUCGAGGACUGGGCCUCGUUCUUCCCGCUGUGCAAUAAGGACAACACGGACGUGCCCCCCGUCGUGGAGGUGGUGUCGGGUGGCCAUAAGAUGUACCAUCCUACGAAUUAUGUACUAGUCACGGAUCUGGACGACAUGGAGCACCUGGAAUUCGCGGAGCUGCAGAGGGCCAGUGCGGGUGUGGGGUCCGGGGCUGAGGCAGCUGCCCUCUCCUCGGCCUCCUGUCCUCCAGCUGCGUCUGCGUCUGCUUCUGCGGCCACGCCACCCGGUGCCUCCCAGGCCAAGGAUGGCGGCGCCUCGCGGAAGGCUGUGCCCCAGGCCGUCAGCGCUCUGGAGCGCCUCUCCUUCCAGCCCUACUACGACCAACGCCCGACCUCGGGCUUCUCCUUCAACACCCACAAUACUCAUAUACCUGCCGCGGCGGCCGUCGAGAUGCCGGAGCGUGCGUGGCAGGACUGCGUCAUGAAUACCCUUCAUGUGGAGGCGGCGGCGGCAGCAGCAGCAGCAGCAGCAGCGGCGGCGGCAUCAGGAUCUGCAGCGUCUGCGACGUCAGGCGUUCCGGAUGAGGAUGAGCAGAACAAGCCUCCGGCGGACUCCAAGCAGCUGGUGCAGCAGCAGAUCCAGCAGCAGCAGCAGCAACAGCAGCAGCAGCAGCGCCAGAAGCUGUGGAACUUUGUGGAUCCCAUGCAGAAGGCGCCCUGUAUAUGCACCAAACAACUGUGCAGCACGCCGCACGGCACACCGCAUGGCGGCGCCUCCACGUACUCACGCAACUCCCUUGGCGGCGACUCGUCGCUGCCGGUGGCCUCCGUGGGAUCGCCCGCCACGCCGGCGCCCUCGCCCCAUCCGAACUCGGCCCACUCGCAGCCCACGUCCGUGCCGCCCGCAGAGCAACUUCUCAACAUGAGCCCCCAUGCGCCCACGUCCGUUUCGAAUCUGCAGCAGCCGCCGACGCCCAUCGACCACCUGCUGGACAAGAACACGCCCGCGCCGACGCCCACGGACCAGCACGACAACAAGAGCAUCACCGCCUCGCCCUAUGUCCACCAGACGCCCAGCGUGGAGCCGCCCUCCUACACGGACCAUGCGGCAGGCGGUGGGGCGUCGCAGUCCCUCACCGGGCCCGGCAGCGUGCCGCCCCAGCAGCAGCAGCAGCAGCAGCCACCGACGCCCACGGCGGGCGGCACUCUGACGACGAGCGGGGCCAACGCAUCCGCCGCAGGAGCCGCCUCGGGGACGGCCGGAACACCGGGUGGAGCGGCCUCCACGACGACGACGACGACGGCGCAGUGCGGCACCAUCAGCGUGAAGAAGCUGGAGAUGCAGCAACAGACGCCGGCCGCCCAUCAGAUACCAAUCAAGCCAGAGCCCGGCACGGUGCGGGGGAACACGGUGACGUCCACCACGGACGCCAUCAACAACCUGCUGAGCCUGUACAAGCCGCCGAAGCUGAAGCUCAAGGACCCGGACAGCUUCUACGACGACGAGUGGCUCAAGGAGGUCAUCUACGACUUUCAAUUCCAGGAGAACUGGGACUACCUAACCGUGAAGCGGCCAAAGAUGGAGGAGACGUCCAAGCAGAAGAGGACGCGGUACGCCAAGAACCUCUACGAGGGCCACACGCACGUCAAACCGCUCAUGCCCUCGCCCGGAGCCGUCUACGGCUCGCAGCUGCUCUCCCUGGACGUCCAGGCAGCGGCCAGCGGUGGCGCAGGCGGUGGAGGGGCAGCGGGAAGCAGCUCUAGCGGUGGCCUCGUGGGCAUCGUGAACAGCACGGCCAACGGCAGCGAUGCGGAGGCCGAGGGCAGCAGCUUCUUCCACGGACUGGACAUCAAAACAGAGCCGGGACUCCACUCGCCGUCGUGCAAGGAGACAAAGUCAUCGUCGGGCGGCACCACAGGCGCCAGCAGCGGCGGGGGAGGGAAUCUCUUCACCGCCGAGGGCCUCAAUCCCUCGCUGAACGACCUGGAGCAGCUGUUCGAGACGAGCUCCAACGACGAGUGCAGCAGCGUGCAGAUCCACACGCCGCCCGACUCCAACAAUCCCUCGAACGGCGGCUGCAGCGCCGUGACCAACACCAUCGACGAGCUCAAGCGGAGCACAGCGGUGGCCAGUGCUGUGGUGGCAGCCGCAGCGGCGGCCGCGGCUGUGGCCAGCUCUGGGGCUGGGAACAUCCAGGCGGAGGAUCUCACCAAGAUGUUUCCCACGCCGCCCUCCCACGAGCAGCAGCACCCGAACUCGAGUCCCUGCCAGACGGACGUGGUGAUGACGGAUCUCAGUGUGGACACCAGCAGUAUUAUGGCAGUGGCUCCCCCCAUUCAGGUGCCGGCGGCGGUCAUUGCGGCCGCUGCCGCUGCCGCUUCCGCCUCCGCCUCUGUGACGACGGUGUCCGCCGUGGUGGCCCUGGGCACGCAAUCGAGCCUGAAGCUGCUCAAGCAGGAGUACAACGUGGAGCUGGGCAGCCCCCUGGAGGAGCCCAUCGACGACUGGAACUACGUGUACCGGCCGCCGCAGCAGGAGAAGUUCGUGGGCUCCUCGCGCUACGCCCCGCUCACGAACCUGCCCAGCCAGACGCUGCCGAGCAUCAGCAUGCCCACGAACUGCUACUACAAGCCGACGUGGAGCACCCACAAGUCGCGGGCGGCCACCAUGGCAAAGGUAGCCGCCGCCCAGCAGCAGCAGCACCAGAAGCACCAGGCCCUCCAGCAGCGCAUCCAGCUGCACCAGCAGAAGCUCCAGCAGCUGCAGCAUCAGCACCAGCAGCAGCAGCAGGCGGCGGCGGCCAGUCAUGCGCACCAGAAGCACCAGCAGCUGCACGAACUGCUGUCGGCGGCGCCCAGGACCCCGCAAACGGCCAUGCCCUCGCCCUCCACCGUGCCCCAGCCGCUGAGCAGCGGCGGCAGCCAAUUGCUGCUGAAUCAGCUGAACUGCCCCCAGGCGCCGCCCGGCAGCUCCAUGCAACAGCUGAUGCAGCGGGCGGGCAUGUCGCCCAUCUCCCCGGGACCCGGCGGCGUGGGGGUGCCCUUCCCCCGCAACAGUCCCAUGCUGCGGCAGACGCCCACCCAUCCGCCGCCCCCGUAUCCGUACGACCUGGGCGUGGCCAGUCCGGCGACGUCCACCUCCUCGUACUUGAACCGGCAGCUGCACUCGCAGGAGGCGCAGCCGCAUCCGCACACGCCGCAGAGCAUGCACCACAUACAGUCGGGCAUGCACGGCCUUGGAUCGGGGGCAGGAGGCGUGGGCCACCACCACCUGGGCAACAUGAUGCCCUACACUGGCGAUGCGGGCAUUGCCAGUGGGCCAGCGUCGGCGGUGGCGGUGCCCUCCGGGCUGCUGCAGGAGCUGCCCGAGGUCAACUCGGUGCUGGUCAACAUCCUGCUGUACGACACGGCGCUGAACGUGUUCCGCGACCACAACUUCGACAGCAGCAGCGUGUGCGUGUGCAAUGCGGACACCCAGAAGAUCGGGAACAUACGCGGAGCCGACUCCGGGGUGUACGUCCCGCUGCCGGGCGUCAGCUUCAAUCCGUUCCCCGCACAUUCCGCCAAUGCGGCGGCCACGGCCGGCCAGAGGCUGCUCAACGGGCCCAGCUCCUCCUCCUCAUCGGCCGUCUCGUUUGGCGGCGGCCUGAGGAUGAUCAGUGCCUUUGGAGGGUCGCCCGCCUCCUCGUCGAUGCCCGGAGCUGGCUCCGGACACGGCCACGGGCCGAAUGGCGGCUCCAACUCCUCCUCCUGCACGCCGCCGAGCAGCAAUCCGCACAUCACCGGCUACGUGGACGACGAUCCCGUCGAGUGCACCUGCGGCUUCAGUGCCGUCGUCAAUCGCAGGCUCUCGCACCGCGCAGGACUCUUCUACGAGGACGAGGUGGAGAUCACGGGCAAAGCCGACGAUCCGGGCCGGAAUAAGCAGCCCUCGCUGCUCAGCCUCAUCCAGAGCCUGUGCCGCAAGAACCAGGCCAAGGCGGCGUCCGGGCCCGGCGGCGACACCAGCAGCUCUUCCGCUCUCGAGAAGGUCACGGGAGCAGCGGCCAGCGCCGGGCAGCUGGAGCAUCUCGCCCAUGCCAUCUUCGACCUGCUGCUGGACCAGUGCUCCAUCAUCCAGACAUCCAGCAGCUCCGUGCACCGCGCCCUGCAGUCCCACCGCCGACGCAUGUCCCGGCAGCGACGCCUCUUCGGCACUGGCGGCGCCCCGGCCGCCUCGAUGGCCUCCAUCGCCAAUGUCCUCGAGUUCAUGGAUGCCCACGAUGUGAUCAGCCUGGCGCUGGAGCAGGCCCGCAUGGCCUUCGAGCACCAGCGCAUGGACAACAUGCUGGAGUUCCACGGAAACUCGAGCCAGCAGCUCACCGCCUUCCACGCCCAUCCGCCCGCUCUGCGCCAGAAGCUGUCGAUCCUCGGCAGCGGCUGCCUCACGGUCCACAAGUGGCCGUACCUGCCCGUGGGCUUCACGCGCAGCAACAAGGAGAUCGUGCGCACCAUGAACUCCAUCCAGCCGAUGCUGCAGAACGCCUUCCACUGCAAGUCGCGCGGCGGGGCCGCAGGCUCCAAGGACGCCAGCUCCUACAACACGGUCAGCGGGCCGCUCACGUGGCGCCAGUUCCACCGCCUGGCGGGCCGUGCCUCCGGCCAGUGCGAGCCGCAGCCCAUACCCUCGGUGGUGGUGGGCUACGAGAAGGACUGGAUAUCGGUGGCCCCCCACUCGAUCCACUACUGGGACAAGUUCCUCCUGGAGCCGUACUCCUAUGCCCGGGACGUGGUCUAUGUGGUGGUGUGUCCGGACAACGAGCACGUGGCGGGCUGCACGCGCAGCUACUUCCGGGAGCUGAGCAGCACCUACGAGAUGUGCAAGCUGGGCCGGCACACCCCGAUCCGCGGCUGGGAGGGCAUCCUCCAGGUGGCCGCCAGCCGCAAUGUGCCGCCAGAGCGAGAGCAGACGCCGCUGGACGAUUGGCUGCGGACCCUCGAUCAUCCGCUAGCCGAGCAGAUCCGUCGCUAUGCGGUGGCCUUCCUCCACCAGCUGGCGCCGUACCUCAGUCGCGUGCCCGGCGACAAGACGCUGCUCAAUCCGCCCGACGGCAGUGCCAGCGGAGGCAGCUCUUCGAAAGGCGGCCACCACUCCGGCGGCUCUGGAGCGGAUCCACUGCACAGCGAUCCCAUCAAGCAGGAGCCGGGCACAGAGACGCCGCUGUCGGCAACCCCGACUUUGGACAGCAGCAACAGCAGCAGCAACAACCAACAGGACAGCAAGGACGGCGUCAAGGGGAGCGCCGGCGCCGGUGGCGACACCAAGCCAGCCCUGAUACUGGGCGAUCCCCUGGGCGUGGGCGAGACCCUGGAGGACAUCAAUCCAGCAGCCAUCGUCCUGUACGUGGUCAACCCCUUCACCUUCGCCUCGGACAGCUGCGAGCUGGAGCGCCUCGCUCUGAUCGCGCUGCUCCGAUGCUACGCGGAGCUGCUGAAGGCCGUACCGGACUCGGUGCGCGCCCAGAUGAACAUCCAGAUCAUAUCGCUGGAAGCGGUGAUGGAGCUGGGGCCGUGCGGCAACCGCAAACGCUUCUCGGACGAGAUCAAGUGCCUGGCGCUGAACAUAUUCUCGCAGUGCCGGCGACAUCUGGUCCAUGCGCAGUCGGUGAAGAGCCUCACGGGCUUUGGCACGGCCGCCAACAUGGAGGCCUUCCUCAAGACCAAGGACGAACCGAACCGUCGGGCCUACAAGAUGUACACCGCCCCCUUUGUGCUGGCCCCCAUGUACGAGCGGACGGACAAGACGGACUUCUCGCGCUCGGCGGGGAGCAUGCACGGCCAGAACGAGCACCGCUACUCGGUGAUGUACUGCAACUAUUGCCUCAGCGAGGACCAGGCCUGGCUGCUGGCCACCGCCACCGACGAGCGCGGCGAGCUGCUCGAGAAGGUGUGCAUCAACAUCGACGUGCCGAAUCGCGCCCGUCGCCGCAAGGCACCCGCCCGCUAUGUGGCCCUCAAGAAGCUGAUGGACUUCGUCAUGGGCAUCAUCUCGCAGACGUCGCAGAUGUGGCGUCUGGUCAUCGGGCGCAUUGGCCGCAUCGGCCACAGCGAGCUCAAGUCGUGGAGCUAUCUGCUCAGCAAGCAGCAGCUGCAGAAGGCCUCCAAGCAGUUCAAGGACAUGUGCAAGCAGUGCACCCUCAUGUAUCCGCCCACCAUCCUGAGCGCCUGCCUCGUCACCCUCGAGCCGGACGCCAAGCUGCGCGUGAUGCCCGACCAGUUUACGCCCGACGAACGCUUCUCCCAGAUCUCGAUGCAGAAUCCGCUCUCCACGCCGCAGGAUGUGACCUGUACCCACAUUCUGGUCUUUCCCACGAGUGCUGUCUGUGCGCCCUUUACCCGCCAGUUCCAGAACGAGCCCCAGGUGGAUGAUGACUUUCUCACCUUCGAAGAGGAGGGAAACGAGGACUUCAGCGAUGCGGAUAUCGGGGAACUCUUCUGGGGAGACACACACAUGGAUCGCGUGUCGAAUCACGGCAGUCCGGGGCGCAUGGAGGACAAUCGUAGCUGGCAGAGCGCCGGUGGCAACAACUUCAAGUGCACCCCGCCCCAGGAAGUGGAGGAGGUGGGAUCCCUCAAUCAGCAGCCCAUAUCGGUGGGCUAUAUGGUCUCAACGGCACCGACGGGCCGCAUGCCCGCCUGGUUUUGGUCCGCGUGUCCGCAUUUGGAGGAAGUGUGUCCGGUCUUCCUGAAAACCGCCCUCCAUCUGCAUGUGCCGAACAUCCAGAUAGCCGACGAUAUUCUCAACUCUACGAAUGCCCAUCAGUCGGCGAAUGACCAUCCGCUGGACUCCAGCCUGACGGCGGACGUGCUCCGCUUCGUGCUGGAGGGAUACAACGCCCUCUCCUGGCUGGCCCUCGACUCCAACACGCACGACCGUCUCUCCUGUCUGCCCAUCAAUGUGCAGACGCUAAUGGAUCUGUACUAUCUGACGGCAGCUAUAGCCUAAGGACCUCAAUGAAAGACCGAAAGACCGAAAGACCAUUUCACAAUCUUCAAUUAAACGCAGUCGCAUGCUUCCGUUUGCUAUACUUCCACUAGCUAUACAUACUCCGUAUAAACCACAAAAGCUCCACAACAACUCCACAAAAACUCCAAAACAAAGUCCAGCUCCAAACCACAAAAAGGAAACAAAACAAUCGAAGUUAACAGAAUCAAACAGCAAGAAAGAAGCAGAAGCAGCAACAGAGCAACCAUUAGCCGUAGAUGAAAUUAGAAACAGCAGAUGAAGAAAACAGAAGUAAAAGUUGAAGCAACCAGCAACAGCAGCGCACAGAUUACUUAGCAUUACUUAACCGGAGGGCCUUGUAACACACAGAAAGAUAGAGACACACAGAGAGAGAGAGAGAUAGAGAGAGAGAGAGAACAGCAGUAGCAGCUGUAGCAGAUAGGAGAUAGGAGAUAGGAGAUAGGAGAUAGAAGAUAGAUAGAGGAUAGGAGGAGUAGAGUUUACCCAUAAGUCUUGAACAGCAACAGCAUUACUAUUUAUUAAACUAUCGAGAAUUGUCAUGUGUAAAGUUUAAAGUGUAGACAAGUGUAGACGGAGUGUGUCGUUUGCAAGAUUGUUUUGUUUUUUUUUUUUUUUUUUAACACCUAUAUUAUUUUUUAUACAUAUACAUAGGCCUGGGCGUUCGAUUAGUGUUUAAUAUUUAUAAAUAUACAAGAAGGAACGUAUUUGAUGGAGUGGGAGGAUGAGCAGAGGAGCAGAUGAAUGAUCGAGGAGCAAACCACAACCACCACACACACACACACAGACAGACACACACACGUAGGCAUAUAUUAUACAUACACAUAGAGCAUAUAAAAUACGCAAAAGGACGAGAUAGGAUCGGAUCGAAGGAGAGCAUGUUUAGGAUUAAGUAACCAGUUUGUACAUAUUUACAACAAAACCGAUUCAAAAACCAACAACAAGCAGAAACAAAGCAAAGCAAAAAAAAAAGCGAAAAAGAAACGUGUAAUUAUACAAAUACUAGGAUUAGUUUACAACAAAUUGGAUGGAGUGCAGAGGAGCAGUCGGAGGAGUCGUUUAAGUCUAAUUAAAUUAAAUUAAUAAAUUGUGUAAAUUUUUUUGUGCGAAGUGAGCAUUAGUUUAAAUUUAAAUUAUACAACAACAACAACAAAAAAAAAAAGAGGAAACAUCCAAAACAAAACCCUAUCCCAAAACCAGAAACAUAUAAACGGUAUACUGUAAAAUUGCAUAUAUAUAACACUAUAUAUAUAUAUACUAUAUAUAUCUGGACGCCAAGCGCAGAUCGGAGAGAGAUCGAGAGAGAGAGAGAGAGAGAUAGAGAGAGAGGAGUAGCAUGUAGAGUUAGAUGAUGAGCGUUAGGAUCAGUUAUUUUUUUUUUUUUUUAAUUUUUUGUGUAUUCUGUUUCGUCUGUAUUCGUCGUACUGUACUAUAUUCGUGUAAUCCCUAGGGCGAUUCUUGUACUUCCCCCUGCAUACCCCCAACGCCCCACACACCCACUCACAUAGCCAAUUGUCAAAUAAUGGAAAUACUUAAAAGAAAAUGUGUACAAAUUAAUAUAUAAUGCCUGUAAACAAAACGAAAACGAAAACAAAAACAAAAAGAAUAGCUUUCUACAACACCAACACUCACCAACAACAACAACAACAAGAAAAAACACACCACAAAAUUGAUUUUGCACGUUGAAACGAUUUUCGCUAGGCUUAGGUUUAAAAGUAAUGAGAAAAAAAAAACAAAACAUAAACAAAAAACAAUUAUUAAACAAUGAAAUUAUAUUUUUACCUGUGUAUUUUAAUUAGCAUAAAUUGUAUAAACAAGAAAGUACGAUUACAAAGACGGUUUUCUAGUAAUUAUCACACACCAACAACAACAACAACAACAAAAAAAACACCAACAACAUCCUCUCCCCCGCCUAACUCCUAAAAACACACACACACACACAUGCAUAUCUUUUAAGUAGUUUGGUUUUUCAUUUAGUAUUCUAUUCUAUUCUACUAUUUUUUUUUUUUUUGUGUAAUAAACAACAAACAUAUUUGCAAACAGUU